ACUCAAAACAGCACAACCAUCUGUAGUAACAAAAAUAAAACAUUUUACUUCUGAUGGAAGUACAUUUGCAUCUCAGAGCCAGACAGCUGGCGCGCAUAUGCAAUGCGAUUUUGCAAAAACGUGCAUCUCAAGCAAUAAACAGCGUCCCAGCAUUAUGCUUUUCAUUCUACAAAAAACCGGCAAUUAGUCAGUCGAGAACGGUCACGGUAGAUUUAAAAACACCCUCAGAGAACAGCAACCGUCACGCUGUGGCCACCUCCAUUUAAUUCCCUAAUUGAUUUGAUUUAUUGAAUCCCUCGCGAGGAAGGUGACACAAUGUUGGGCGACUGCGCGUUCUUUUAUGUUUUUGGAGACAGUUGCGGUAGAAAAAAAGAAAACGCCCGGCAUCACGCUCGAAUGAAAAGCGUGUCCCUCGUCGCAGGUUGUUUCGGUUGUUACCUGUAGCUCCGUAUUGUUUGAGCCAUUCCGUGUGGUGUCGGUGGAGGAUGUUCCUUCACGUCAUGGUCAACCAGAGCUGGGUGGGAAAGCGACAUAAAUGUCUGAACCAUUUUCACAAACGUUUCACCCGCCGGACGAUCAAGUAAAGGUUGGUGCGUGCUUCCUACUGCUGUCACUGUUUCACGUUUGGAGGCAAAACCUCAUGUCACUACGCAUCACCAUCAUCGGAACGUGUACGCCAAACCGCGAACAACGAGCUGUGGCCACGGUCAAUGGCGGAGGCCAAAGGACGAAAUAUUCAACGCGAUCGUGGUCGUGUCCGCCGUUGGAUCUUAAUCCGAAUACGUCCAAUUAAGCGAUUCGAUGUACGGUACGAUCCGAACUGCAGUGCUUCGGGAUUUCAGUCGGUUGUGGAACGCCAAAGGAACAGCAUGGAACACUUUCUAGCAUUGGACGUUGGUAUAGUGAUCUUGGGCAAAAUUGCGUUGUGAAUAAAGUGGAAGGAAAAUCCCUAUUUGCGCUCAAAAUAUUAAGUUCAUUUUGGAGUGUGAGUUUAUGUGAAAGAUUAAUAACUUUUGUGCAAAGUUUAUUUAAGUGAAAAUUGUAUUGAACACAAAUCAAUAAGUGAUCAGUUGCAAAGUUACGAAAAUAAAUCAGAAAAGUUCCAGAUGUUCCACUUAAUUGCAGUUGUAUAAAGUGUCAUUUCGUGUACUAACAUUGAGCCAAACUUUUUGAGGAGCCAUGUGUGCCACGUUAUACGACCUUGCACCGGCGUUCGCGUUUCGGGAGGUACAGCUCAAGCUGGACGUCGACCCGAAACAGCAGUUCGAGAUAUUACCCGAACUGGGCCGGGGUACCUUCGGCACCGUAUUUCACUGCCGGGAAAAGGUGAGCGGACUGGAGCUGGCAGCCAAAAUUGUACCGUACAAGAAGAAGAAGGAUCGCGGUGACAUGGUGCGCGAGAUCGACAUCAUGAGCUGCCUGCACCAUCCGCGACUGAUCCAGCUGUACGAUGCGUUCGACUACGAGAACAAAUUCUACGUCAUCCUCGAGCUCAUUCAAGGUGGCGAGUUGUUCGAGCGCGUCAUUGACGACGAUUUCGUGCUGACGGAGAAAGCGUGCGCCGUCUUCAUGCGGCAGAUCUGCGAGGGCAUGGAGUACAUUCACAGCCGGAGCAUCAUCCACCUAGACAUGAAGCCAGAAAACAUUCUCUGCCUCACAAAGACGGGCAACCGGAUCAAGAUCAUCGACUUCGGGUUUGCGCGACGCUACGAUCCGGGCAAAAAGCUGCAGGUGAUGUUCGGCACGGCUGAGUUCGCUGCACCGGAGGUGCUCAAUUUCGAUGAAAUUUACUUCUACACCGACAUGUGGAGCCUGGGUGUGAUCUGCUACGUACUACUGUCCGGGCUGUCACCGUUCGUUGGCGGCGACGAUCAGGCAACGAUGAACAAUGUCCUCCAGGGUACGUACACGUUCGACUACAAAUCGUUCGACGCGGUGUCGGAAAGUGCGAAGGAUUUCGUCCGGAAGCUGCUGGUGCGGGACGGCGAACAGCGGCUAACGGCGCGGAAAGCCCUGCGGCAUCCGUGGCUCGCAGAAACGACAGCUCAGAGCACCACCGAGCUAUCCGUGACAAAAACAAAGUUGAAACGCUAUGUUAUCAAGAAGCGCUGGAUCAAGGCGGUCAAUACGAUUAUUGCACUGCGGCGAAUGGGUGCGCGGAUCGAUUACGAUCUGGUCUAGGGCGGGUAGACGAUGGCUUCCUCUUUUCAGCCUUGUUACAGCGAGCAGACGGUUGCGAUGGUACGAACCACACACACACAGAUACGACCGGAAAAUCUCGGAAGCGAAUACAAACAAACCAAAACAGGGACCACCGUAUACUGGCGUAUCGCGAAUAGCGGGAAGACAUCCCGACGAGUAGGUAAACCGGAAGAAGCAAAGAGAAGGAAUGUUACUAUUUUCCAACCCAUACACACACACACCCAAACGCAUCCCCUUUUCGUUUCGGUUCUCCAGAUUAGUGGUGAGAAUAUUAUAACCCACCUACUUAUCGCCCUCGACCACCCUCGACACCUCACACACUUGCUUCCCCCUUUUCCCAUUAAAACCGGUUCCGAUGUUUCCGUUCGUGCUAGAAUGUUGCAUAAUUCAAUGGCGCUCUUGGCGCCCCCUGCCCGCAACCGCAACAGCACGGAGGGAAAGAUUAAGUAAGGGCGCGCGCGAGAGAGAGGAAGCUUGAAUUCUAUUUCCUUUCCACCGAGAAGGAAUCGGAUAGGUUGUAAUUUACUUGUUAUAUACUAGCAAUAAAACUAAGAUUACCGGAUACCAAACACCGAACAACGUA